AGAAAAGGGAAGUUGAUAGAUGAAUGUUCACAUUCUAUCUAAUUAAAUCAGUGAAGUUUCCUUGAUGGCAGGAGACAAAAUGGAUUAUGUUGCUAUUCUAAUAUUUUUUCUACUGUUCCAAGUAAACUGUGUCGUCACGGGAUCAGACGCAUACAGGACGGAAGGAACAAUCACAUCACCCGGUUACCCGGCCCAUUACCCCAACAACGUUAACAAAGAAUGGCUGAUUAAGACAUUGCCCAGUGCAUCCAGGAUUUCUAUUGUUAUAGACGAUCAGGAUAUCCACGAAACACGAGGAUUUGAAUGUGAUGAUUAUCUAAAGAUAGAAGAGGUAGAACCGUAUUUCAUGCUGUACAAACAAUGUGGAAAGGGGACCAUUAAGACACUAUCAGCAAACGGAGGCAAGAUCAAGGUUUCCUUCAAAUCUGAUAAUCUUGGUUCUGGUAGAGGGUUUCGACUGAAGUGGUCAGUAAAAGCCUACAAGACCACACAGUUAGCAACAGUGAGAAGUAUACGUACAAAAAUGCCAAUAUCAGCAACUAAAGUAGAUGCAACUCGUAAAUCCUCAACGGGCGCCAUUCCGACUAAAGCAGCAGAAAUCAGAGAAAUGACAACGAAAGGUACAAAAACACCAUUUCUAACUCCUAGACCAGAUACAACACAGACAUCCUCUACAGGAGCCAUUCUUUCUGAAGGAGUAGAACUCGGAACAACAGCUUCGACAUCAGUAUAUGUGCCAUUGCCGCUACCAAACAUAAUAACAAAACAUACAGGCAAAGGAUCAACCACACCAAGAACAAUACAACCAUCACUCCCAGUGAUAGAUGGACUACAUAGAACAGAGAAAAAUUUUCCUCAAACUUCGACUUCACUGGAAAUAAGGGGCAUGAACACCCGGAAUUUAAAAACUCAUUCACUAUCAUAUGAUACUGUUGGACAAUAUAUCUCAGAGCCUAAAAAUCCAAAAAGACUCGGAGGCGAGACCAUUGGAUCUCUACUGUCAAAAAGUAGCAAAUCGAAUCAGCGCAAAAGCCAUGAAGAAUAUCCCAUACGGAAUAAGCCCUCUCAUGAAUUAACAACCCUAAUUAACAAAUAUUUUUCAUCCAUUUCUAUUCCAUUUGAUUUGAAAGGAAAUAAAUUGUCUGGAUCGACUACAAUUUCGAAAUCAUCCAUAACAUAUGAAACCAAGAAAAAAAUAAAUUCAAGUAUAUACGUAUAUGUAACGGCAUCUCAGAGUGACCAAUCUUCCUAUAAUUCAGCAAAACUAACAACUGCACCCGUAGCAACUAAGGAGAACACUACUCAGUGGACAAAUCGUGAAGUAGAUGUUAGAACAAAGAAUCCGAGUAUCAAAUGGUUCCAAACAACAGAAAACACGUUGUUGGCUGACGUCUCUCGAACAAAACCGCCAGGACAAGGCAGGACAACUCUUAAGAUUGAAACAUUUUUUCCACCAUCCAUGACACUACACGCAUUUAUUCCUGUCACCAUAUGCGUUGCUGGCUUUUUAAUUCUUCUAUUAAGCUUUCUAGUGUUGGUCGUCUAUAUUCAGAAACGGAAAAUCACCAGACUGAAGAAAGUGUCUGAUCCCAAGUACCUCUACAAGAAUCAAAGGUACAAUUCCAUAUCACAAGUGGGAUGUCGUCAAGCAGAAACUCUUCACCUGUACGAAGAUGUAUAUCGUUUUCGUCCAGUUAAAGUCGAACAAAAUGAAAAUGAAUAUAUAUCCUUGUCUUCCAAACAAAGUGGAAAUGAAAGAAAAUUGAAUACUUUCGUCAGCCAAGACAAUGUCAGCGCACGCUACUUUUGUCCCGAUGAUUUAACAGCUAUCAAGGAAAGGGCAGAUUACUCUGCAUUAUUACCUGAAACCAAUACCGAGUAUCUUGAACCUGUAUCAUUUCGAUCAAAGGAGACCACCCCGAUGUUUACACAAAACACGGAGAGGACACCAUACUGCCCAUUAAACGAAAUACAGCCGGAAAUAGCUCAAGAAUACGAAAUGUUGAAUUUCUGAAGGUUUCCUUCGGUUUAUAGUGCUGUUCAUCAUUUGGAAAACGACCGAGGUGUGUCGGAACAUAACACGUUCAUAACUUGAAACCCUUGAACCAUGAUCAUGAGAGGCUGGACGACGAGGAGUGUUACAAGAUUUCUGGAAAAAAGGAAUAUAUAUUCGUGUAUGAACGGGAAAAAUAGGUCUGCAAAUAUGCAUACACGCGCACGCACACGUACUUGUAUUUUCACGAACUUUAACGUGAAGUGUUUUGUCAUUGUACAUACUGUCAUUUAUUUGAAAGUUGUUUUUUUAUUUUAUACUCAAAACAUCAUCAUUUUGUCUUCUUCUGCACUUACGCUUACUGUACACUUUAUUCAGGACAUUGGCAGGGGGAUUGAAAUCUGUAUGAUUGGUAUCUUACGUUCACAUUCCUUCCCUCAUUAAGAUGGUUAUUUUAAUUAUUUUAUUUAAAACAAAAAACAUAACAUUACGUAAUGUAAUUGACAAUUUUGUGUCUUUAGUAAAUUCAUAGUGAAAGAUUAUGAUUGAUAGCCUUAGUUGACUUAUUUUUACUCAUUUAGGUGGAAAGUUUAACACUUAUAUGUUUUGAAUUUGGAAUUAAGUAAAUUUUAUUGAAGUUUGUUACCAAUUGUAAAUUUAUGGCUAAAGAUCGUGUAAGCCAGUCUCAGAUGACUUCUUUUCCCUGAUCUAAAUGGUGAUUUUUAAGGUAUUUAGAUUCGUUGAAAAUUUUAAAUUACGUAAUAUCAUUGACCUUGUGCUAAUUGUAAACUUCUGUCAAAAAAUGUUUAUUGGCAGAUUCAGUUGUCAGUUUUCUUCUAAUUUAGAUGGUGGUAUUAACAGGUUAAAUUUUUAAAGAUCUAAAUUAAGUAAUAUCAUUGAAAUUUUUAUGUCCAAAAGAUUGAUAUGAUUGGCAGUCUCAGACCUUUUUCUUUCAUUUAGAUGGUUCGUUUUAAGGGUUUGAAAUUUUUAAGAAUCUAUGUAAUUGAUAUCGAAAGGAGAAUUGUAAAUUCAAGUCAAAAAGUAUGAUUGGUAUCCAAUGCUAUCAACAGGGAAUGAUUACUCCUCCUAGGCACCUGAUCCCACCUCUGGUGUGUCCAGGGGUCCGUGUUUGCCCAACUAUCUAUUUUGUAUUGCUUACUGUUCGUUAUCUUCACCUUGCAUGCUGACCCCCCUUCCCUCAUUGCAAUUAUUAUUUGAUUAAUAAAAUAAAUUACAUUGUAAUAUUAUUGAACAUUUAGUGUCUUUAGUAAAUUCAUGCAGAUUUAUGUGAUUUAUAUUUAUAUAUGAGUUAUGCGAUUGAUCACUGUUCGUUAUCUUCACCUUUCAUAUCCUUAGUUGACUUAUCCCUCCCCCAUUUAAUGCUUACAUUAACAGAAUAAUAAGUAAGUAAUCUUGAAAAUGUGUCAUUUGUAAAUUCAUGACAAACAAAAUGACAGCCUCAGUUGCCCUUUUCCCUUCAUUUAAAGGUGAAAAUUAUCCUUCUAACUUUAGAUUAUUUAAUAUGAUUCAUUUUUCAAGGAUAUUUAUAAAAUCUUGUUAUAUGAUUUGUACACUACUUUGAAAUCCCUUCCCUCAUUGAACUCGUUAUUUCAAUUAUUUGAUUAAAACAAAUUUUGCAACAUCUUUGAAAUGUUGGUGUCUUAAGUAAAUUCAUAACUAACGAUUAUGAUUGGUAGCCUUUAUUGACAUAUUUCUCCUGUUUUAAGUAGUCAUUUUACCGGUUAUAUAUUUUAUAUGAAAACAAAAUUCAGAAAUCAGCAUUGACAUGUUGGUGUCAAUUGUAAAUUCAUAGCCAAAGAAUAGUAUUGCCAGCCAGAGUUAACUUUUUCUCUUUCAUUUUAACAGUUUAUUUUUUUGAAAUGUUCGAAUCAUGCAAUAUCAUUGAUAUUUUGAUGAUAAUUGUAAAUUCAUGUUUAAAAACUCUGAUUGGUAGUUUUGGUUGACGUUCUCUCCUUCAAUUUAAUUUUAAAGAAAUUAAUAUAAUUGAAAUUGUGAUUUCAUUAGUAAAUUCAUGAUCAAAUAUUAUAUUUAGUAUCGUUUGUUGAUACAUUUCUCUUCAUGUAGCUAUAGAUGAUCAUUUUAACAGUCUAUUCUUUUAAAAAUACAAAUUAUGUAAUAUCAAUUUUUUUGUGUGUCAAUUGUGGCAAAUGUUAAGAUUUGUACCAGAUUUGAUGUCUGUCAGACAAAGAGUUCUCAAGAUGUUGAGUAGACAGUAGCUUCCUAUUCAAGAGUGGAUUGAUCUUUGACUAUGUGACCUCAAAAUCAAAAGGGAUCAUCUGCUCCGUACAAUAUACAUUGUACCUAUGUAUCAAGCUUGAUGUCUAACAGAAAAAGAUUCUCAAGCGAUUGAGCAGACAGUACCUUCUUAUGUCCAGGGUGGAUUGAACCUUGACCGUUGACUUGAAAUCAACAGGGAUCAUCUUUUACUCAUCACCAAAAAAAGUAUGAAAUAUCAUUACGACCAAGGAAAUUGUUAUCACGCUAUUGAGCAUGUCUACCGACUGGCCAACAGGAACGAAAGAAUAUGCCCCUCUUUGAAAGGGGCAUAAAACUAAGUACAUAGUCAUAAUGAGCAGAAAGGACUUGUCAAUUGUAUGUACAUGAUCUUCAUGUCGAGGUUCUGACUCCAUGGGGCAAUAAAACUUUGUAUAUAUUAUUAGGGUGUAUUUUAAAAAAAAAUAAAAUCUUCUUUGAUACUA